AUGACCAAAACUACGGAUUUCGGCCCUCUGAUAAUCCUGUUCGUCCCACCAAAAAGCUGCUCGACUGCAUCAUGGGUUGCGCGCACUAAUGGGUCGACAUUGCUGCGCUGGGGUGCAGCUUGUACAGCUGGGAGUGUCGGGUUUGACUCGGAUUGCUUUCCUGACGGGUGGUCCGGGUCUAACAGCUCCAACAUUCUCAAUAAAGCCUUCAACCCAGGGUGGGGGUGUCCGGAUGGUAACUGGUCCGGAUGGAAUGGCCAAUACUGUACCAGCGGCCGAUACAAUCUCCCCGCGCACAGCUAUCUCACCACCACCAAGAGUACCUGCACCACAACCUCGGUGUCCGCCUACCAGGUCGGUGCGACGUACAGUUGGCCAACCUCCAGUUCCACCGGCGGCUCUGCGGCAGGCUCAUCGAACGGCGGUCUCACUACAGGCGCCAAGAUCGCCAUUGGCGUGUGCAUUCCCGUUGGCGUUAUAAUCAUCGCCGCCAUCGUAUUCAUAUGGUGGCACCGACACAGGCGAAUCCAGAAGACAGAGGCUGCGCCCGCAUUCUCUCAGAACUCUCAGCCUCCAGCUGAUUUGUAUACAGGAAAACUGGUGUUGAAUACAGAGGCAGGAAUCAACCCGUAUGAGAAACAGGAGUUGGAUGCAGGUAAUGAAAUUGUGCCUGGUAAACCUGACGCGCCAGCGAAGCUUCCGGCCGGGCAAGUACCCUCGACUCCCGUGGCAGAAUUAGCCACGGCGAUCAAAAAAAGUCCGGAUACACCGCAGGCUGAAGUUCCUGGCGAGGAACAGUUGAUUGAUCUGGCUUCUUCGAAGGGGAAGGCGGAUAUUGAUGGAGUAGAAAAUGGAGAGAAAUCAAGCCCGGGCAGAACUGGGCAAGACAUAUGA